AUGGCGGAGCGAUAUUCGAAAGCUAAUAUCAAAGAAACAGGGUCAGUAAUUGACAGAAUAAAAGCGAAUAAACUCUAUUGGAUAUUAAUCGGUUUUACAAUAGUACUCACCAUCAUUAUGAUAGCAUUAGCUGCAGCAUUAGGUACUGCCAAUAAAAAGUUAAAAGCAAAUAGUAACAGUGGAUCAACAUCACCGAUUGUAACGUCGACAUCAUCGAUUACAGCAUCGACACCACCGAGCACUACAUCGACAUCACCGACUCUACCGGGUUCAAUUCAAGUCAAUGAUAUGAUGGAACAUCUUCGAGCUUUACAAACAAUAGCGGAUGAGAACGCCGGCAAUCGAGCAGCCGGAGAAGCUGGCUUCAACAAAACCAUCGAGUAUAUAGAGGACUAUUUGAACAAAGCAACAAAUCUGAUCGUAUACCCAGAGCACUUUCCAAUUGCUCAAUAUGAAAUGAUCGGAACUCCAACAUUAAGUGUCGACCUGAAUCCAUCAGAUACUGUCACGUACGUUUAUCUAAAAGAUUUUCUCGACAUGCAAUAUGCAAGUGGUGCCGACUGGACCGACGGUUAUCCACUCUCUGUUAUUCCCAAUCUUGGCUGUAGUAUGACGGAUUAUGACGAAGCUUAUCCUUCCAUUAUACCCGGUAAAAGCGUUGCCCUAGUAAAAAGAGGUGAUUGUGCUUUUGUCGAAAAGUCACAACGUGCUGCAAAUGCCUCGGUUGCCGGGCUCUUGAUUUACAACGACGGAGCUUCUUCUGAUCGUAUAGAACCGAUGACUGCCAGUGUUGAUUUCUAUACUAAAUUUCCGGCGUUCUUUCUCUCCUCUACAGUCGGUUAUUUCCUAGUAGACGCAGUAAACAAGUCGGAAAAUAUCUCUGUACGAAUGAAGAUUACAGUUAAUGAAACAAUUAACACUACCAUUGUCACUAAUAUUUGUGCCGACACAAAAACGGGUGAUAAAUCAAAAACAAUCGUAAUUGGAAGUCACACAGAUAGUGUAAAGGCUGGGUCAGGGAUAAAUGAUAAUGGCAGUGGUACAGCAGGUACUCUGGUACUUGCAACAACCCUUGAUAAAUUACUACAGAGAUCUGACUAUAAAGAAUAUCCAAAUCGCGUGAGAUUCUGCUUUUGGGCUGCGGAAGAAGUUGGUCUGCGAGGAUCAACAUAUCAUGUUGAACAAUGGCAUUUUGAUAUGCUCGGUUCUCCAAACUACAAUUUUGGUAUCUACAAUGGAAGUUCAGCAGAUGAGUCCAUACCUCUAAUAGCCGUCCCUGGUAGUAUCAAGCUGACAGAGUUAUUUACAGAGUAUUUUGUGGACAAUAAGUUACCGUGGUCAUCAAGCGCUUUUGAUGGUCGCAGUGAUUAUGGACCGUUUUUAAGUGCUGGUAUUGCAUGUUCGGGAGUUUCAACGGGUGCUGAUGGGGAAAAAAGUCAAGCAGAACGUGAUAAAUAUGCUUCAAUGUUACCGUCAGGUCAAGGAGGCAUUGCGGGAAUGAUCUAUGAUCCUUGCUAUCAUAAAGAAUGCGAUACAGUUCAAAACAUAGACAAAUAUGCUUAUGAAGUUAUGGUAAAAUCAGCUGCAUAUGUCUUAGAGUCUAUCGGACAAAAUGCAGAUUUAGUUACUUGGUUAUAUCCUUCAGGACAAUCAGAGCCGACUUACAAAAAUGAAGAAUUUAAUGAAUCAUUUGAAAAGUCUGUUUUAGCUCAAUAUCAUCGAAAGACAGAUUUGUAA